ACCUGGAGUAGGAGAGCGCGGAAGCGUGAGCCUCGCGGCGCUCCGUCUAGCAGGCGCACAGGCGGUAUGGCGUUCCGACAGGCGCUGCAGCUCGCGGCCUGUGGGCUGGCUGGCGGCUCGGCGGCCGUGCUCCUCUCUGCGGUGGCGGUGGGCAAGCCCCGCGGCGGUGGGGAUGCGGGUACGCGCGCGCCAGAGCCGCCGGCCUGGACCGAGAGCGCGCAGCCCGGGCCCAGCCUCUGGGAUUCCAACUGGGAUAGGCGAGAACCACUGUCUCUGAUCAACCUGCGGAAAAGGAAUGUGGAAUCUGGAGAAGAAGAGCUGGCAUCCAGGCUGGACCACUACAAGGCCAAGGCCACACGGCACAUCUUCCUCAUCCGGCAUUCCCAGUACCACAUGGAUGGUGCCCUGGAAGAGGAUUGCACGCUAACUCCGCUGGGUCGGGAACAGGCGGAACUCACUGGCCUCCGCCUUGCCAGCCUAGGGUUGAAGUUUAACAAAAUCGUCCAUUCCUCCAUGACCCGUGCUGUGGAGACCACGGACAUCAUCAGCAAGCACCUGCCAGAUGUCUCCAGAGUCAGCACUGACCUGCUGCGGGAAGGUGCCCCCAUCGAGCCCGACCCGCCUGUGUCACACUGGAAGCCCGAGGCUGUGCAGUAUUACGAAGAUGGAGCAAGGAUUGAAGCUGCCUUCCGCAACUACAUCCACCGGGCUGAUGCUGAGCAGCAGGAGGACAGCUACGAAAUCUUCAUAUGCCAUGCCAACGUCAUCCGCUACAUUGUAUGCAGAGCAUUACAGUUCCCUCCGGAAGGCUGGCUCCGCUUGUCCCUGAACAACGGCAGCAUCACCCACCUGGUGAUCCGCCCCAGUGGCCGGGUCGCACUCCGGACCCUGGGGGACACGGGCUUCAUGCCACCCAACAUGGUCACCCGAUCCUGAGGCCACUGCUGCACUGUCCUCCAUCUCAUCCUGGCCAUGCUCCAGCUGCCAGUGGGACUGCACACCGGGGCUGGUGAUAAGAAAUGUAUUAUAUCCACGCUGGGGAUGUGCCUGGAACUCGCCUCUGCCCAGGCUGAGGGAAGCAGUUGUUCACACCACCAGGCAUUUCUGCCCUACAGGAUACCUGCAGUCUGCAGGGUAACUGUGGGGUGCAGUUGUCACAUGGGGUCCUGGCCAUGGCACGGAGCUUUGGGAGGACAACUAGGGUUUUGUUUACAGCCUGCCGACCACUCCAUAUUGUUCUGUCUGAAAACCUGUUACCACCUGAGUAUUUGUCAAUUAAAGAUUAUCCUCUUCUGGGUUCUUGCCUUGAACACAUUUCUGACAUGGGUUAGGGGCCUGACACUGCUACGUCUGUACUCACCAAGGGCCACAAUGGGAGGCUGUGCAAGAGAGCAGGGUCUGUGGAAGUGACAGCUGGUAUUAGUUUUCCUGAGAUAUACAACACCCCAGACCGGCAGCUCCAGCUUUGUGGGCAUGUGGGAUAAAAUAUUCAGAUAUGAUGUAUCUCCCAAAGCAUUAUGUAACUGAGGAAAAAUUUCUGUGAAGUGGUUAUGAACAUUUUUUGCAUUUAAUACAAUGAACUGUGAUAUAUGGUUCUUUUCCUUGUCAUCUUGAAAAUGCUACAUAAUAAAAAUUUUUUGGUGUUUUUAAAA